CAAUUAUAUACAGGUGUAAGUAUAGGCCUAUUGGUUUUAUUUGUGGGGAUUUCGUGGAUAUGUUGCAGGAUAAAGAGAAGACAAUACACUAAACUCAAAGAAAAGUACUUCAAAGAGAAUGGUGGCUUAUUGUUACUACAACAACUUUCUAGUCAUGGAGGCACUGUGGAGACAACAAAAAUCUUUUCCACAGAAGAACUUGAGAAGGCAACAAACAAUUACCAUGAGAGUAGAAUCCUUGGAGAAGGAGGCUAUGGAACAGUUUACAAAGGAAAACUACCAGAUGACAAAGUGGUGGCCAUAAAGAAGUCAAAAGGUGGUGCCCCAACCCAAAGUGAUCAGUUUGUUAACGAGGUGACUGUUCUUUCUCAAAUAAACCACAGAAAUGUGGUGAAGCUACUAGGUUGUUGUUUAGAGACAGAAGUGCCUUUACUAGUAUAUGAGUUCAUCACCCAUGGAACUCUUUAUGAGCAUAUUCAUAAAAAAAGAUCAUCACUGUCAUUCGAAUUACGAAUGAAGAUAGCAGUUGAAACGGCAGAAGCACUAGCAUACUUACACUCCUCAACUUCAAAUCCAAUCAUACAUCGAGAUGUGAAAGCAGAAAAUAUACUCUUAGAUGAUGCUUAUACAGCAAAAGUGUCAGACUUUGGAGCUUCAAGGUUGGUUCCAUCAGGUCAAACUGAAAUACAAACUUUAGUGCUAGGGACAUUCGGCUACCUAGACCCGGAAUAUCUGCAAUCGAACCAACUAACAGAAAAGAGUUACGUCUACAGCUUUGGUGUUGUCCUAGUGGAGCUACUAACAAGCAAAGUGGCACUUUCUAAGGACAGAUGCUUAACAAGUAUCUUUAUUUCUUCCAUGGAUGAAGAUUGCUUGAAUCAAAUUCUUGAUGAUGACAUUGUGAACGAGGGAAACAUUGAGACAGUAAACAAUGUGGCCAGUCUUGCAAAAAGAUGCUUGAGGGUAAAAGGGGAGGAAAGGCCUACCAUGAAAGAAGUAGCAAUGGAGCUAGAGGGAAUGAGGAUUACAACAAAGCACCCAUGGGGAACUAAUGUUAGUUUCUGUCCAGAAGAAAAUGAGUACUUGCUUGGGUCACUUGAUUCAGAUGUUUAUGUUUUGGAUGUUAGAGGAGGUGAUGGUAGUUCUAGUGGUUUAACUACUGGUACAACCACAGGGUAUGACAGCAUGCAAAUACAAAUGUUAAUGCCAUAUGGUGAUGGACGAUAGUUGAUUGGCGUGUCGCUCCUUGUGUAUUUAUUAUGUAUUAUUUAGGAAUGGUUUUUUGAAUUUAAGCAGUCUCCAUACAAUAAAACCAUAUGCACACUAAUGUAAUGUAAAUGUAAGUUAAGAGUGACCCUGCGUGUUCAUUCCCUGGUUUUGUACUUGGUGCAAAAGUAAGAAGGCAUAUAUAGCAGUGUAUACUACAGGAAAUAAGAUUUCAAACAAACACCCUAGCUAAAUUAAAAGAUUUC